AUGGCGCGGUCGCGGAAAAGCAGAGCCAAAACCCAAACCAAAACCAAAACCCCACCGGCGGUUUCUCCCCCACCGCCGGAGAAGCCACAGGCUGCGGUAGGAGGGAUUUCCGUCCUAUCCGAGGGCGACCUCCGCGAUAUCCUCCGCCGCCUCUCCCUCGCCGACCUCCUCCGCGCCGCCCUCGCCUGCCACCGCUGGCGCCGGGUCGCCGCAGGCUGCCUGCCCCGCGCCGCUCCCCUCCUCGGCUACUUCUUCCAGCCCGUCAAAACCUCUCUCCCAGCGCCCAUCAGGGAAACCAAGGGACCCCACUACGACGCCGUGUUCGCUCCACUCGACGCCUCCUCGCCGCGCCUCUCCCUCGACUUCGCCCCGGACGCCUCCCGCUACGAGCUGCUGGACUGCCACGAAGGCCUCCUGGUUCUCGAGCCGACCGCGUCGGUCCCCAAGGCGAUCCACCGCCGCCUCCUCGUCCUCGACCCGGCCACCCACCGCCGCGCUCUUCUCCCGCCGCCGCCGCGGGACACGGUGCCCGACGACCGCCGAUGGCGCAGCUCCAGGUACUACAUCGGCUCCGCGCUUCUCUCCCGCGCGCACCCGAGCAAGCUCUGCUUCGAGGCCGUCUGCUUCGCCAUCGACGGCAGGCACCCGCGCGUCUGGGUCGCGUCCUUCGACAACGGCCAGUGCCGCUGGCGCUCGCUCCCGUUGGCCGAGCAGGUCGUGGUCGAUUUCGACCCCUACUGGUUCGAUAGCUUCUGCGUGCACGCUGCCGGGAAGAUGUACUGGCACAUCUGCAACUCGGAUCGCGUGCUCGCGCUGGACGCUGCCACGCUGCACUUCUCCUACCUGCAAGCGCCGGCGGGCCUGCCGGGGAUCUGCUGCAAGUACCGCAUCGGGGAGACGCCUGACGGGCGGCUGUGCGUCGUGACCGUGGAGGACCAGGUGAUGCGGCGCUGGGUGCGCGGGGAUAUCAGGUCCAGCGACGACGGGUGGGUUCUGGAGAGGGAGAUGAAUCUACGCAAGGUGUACGACACGGUGCCGGGCCUGCCCAGGGACAUGAGGGCCAGGGUAGCAAGCAUCUGGGUCACCGACAUCGACGCGGGGCACAAAGAUAGGCUGUUCAUCCAGAUGUUGGGAUACGGGCGCUACUCGUUCGAUCUCAACACCGGGAAGCUGGAGCCCCUUCCGACCAAGAAUGGUAAAGAGUAUGGACAUCCCAUCUUCGCCUACUUCCUGGCCUGGCCGCCUGCCUUGCUCGCUGCAGGGUACUGAACUUUCAGCUUUUAACACC